CUCUGCAAAUAGCAGUACGUAUCCAUUGCCGGCAAACUUCCGUCAUUCACCAUUCACCAAAGUACGGCCAGUGAGGGCUAUUGAACUAUUGUAUGCGAAGCAAAAGUAUUGGAAACGGAAAUUUGCAAACAUAAUUCGAAAAUAUGAAUUUAAUUAUUGUCGCCAUUGUGCUACUAAUGGCCCACAAGGAAUACAUGGCAAGCCCAACACCAUUAAAAUUACCAGGACACACACAAAAGCUGUCACCCUAUAUACGGCAUUGGGAGGCGGCGGAUUUCGAUCGUUCGCACUUGCAUGCGGCACAUCAAAAACACAUCGAACAGAAACGUCAUCGUCGAAAAAGAGCGCUGAAUUCGGUCGAAUUCGGGCCAGUGCACACAAUCAGACUGAAUUUCUUUGCUCAUGACAGAGAAUUUCGCAUGGUUCUCCAGCAGAAUCCACUGUCGGUAUUUGCGGGUGAUGUAGAAAUCGAAAGUACGCACGGACCGGUGGAUUAUGACAUUUCGAGAAUAUACACCGGCACACUAGAGGGUGAUGAGAACUCGCAUGUACAUGCCAUUCUCACCAGCGACAAUCUGCUCGAUGGCACCAUCGAAACGGCCGCCGAGCACUACUAUGUGGAGCCGGCGCAACGUUACUCCAGCGAGCUGCCCGCAACGGGUGUGCACAGUGUCAUUUACAAAGUCAGCGAUGUGCAAAUGCGCAAGUCGGCGGCAGCUGAGCACUGCGCCAGCGAACGACUGCGACGCGACAUGCUGUUGAACGAUCUGAAGCGACGGAAAGCGGCCACAAGCGAAGCGGAAGCGUCAAAGUCGUUGGAGCGGCACAAACGUUGGCUGCCGGAUGAGUUGGCCGCAUCCACCGAUGACCAUCAAAAUCCGCCGCUGCCAUUGGACUUGGACGUGCCCUACAAUGACGACUUCAGCAUUUAUGCGGGAGGCGGUAGUCGGGGACGGUUUCGGGAGCGGGAGCAAGUGAAGAACCGCGAACGGGAUCCAGGUCGAGACCGAGAUCGUGAACGAGAAGAGAUCACUACAACGAAAAGUUUGAUUAACAACAAUAACAAUAACCAAGAGUAUAACUUUAAUAGGGAACAGCAACGAAAUAGAUAUCAACAAUCGGCGACGACGUCCACCACUACAACAACAACAACGUGGCGUAAUGCCGUCGCUGUCGAUAGAGAAACAACCGACCGAUAUGGCGAUUUGCUGCGCAAUGUGAACAGUGCCAACAACGAUAAUAACAGUAAUAACAACAACAACAAUACUAGAAGCAGCAACUUUCAUGUUCCGUCCCUCAUUGUUGCGAAUGCGUCCACAAUUGGUGGUGGUGCCGGUGGUGGUGUGCAGAAUCGCAAUAUCCUGGUGAACAAUUACAAUCCUGGCAAUAGUUAUAGCAAUAGCAACACUAACUACAAUAACAAUAAUAAUAAUAAUAAUAACAACAACAACAACAAUAACAAUGGCUUGCGCAAAACCUAUGCAAAGCACAAGAAUAUCAUUGUUAGCACUUACAGCAAUAAAAACAACAACAAUAAUAAUAAUAAUAACAAUAGCAACAGCAACAGCAACAAUAAUCGUUCGUAUCCAUAUGAUUUUGUCAUCAAUGGCGGUGGCAGCAACAGCAACAACAACGCGAACAACAAUAAUGGCGUCAAUUAUAAUUACAAUGACAACAACAACAUUAACAAUCGUUUCGACACAAACAAUUUCUUUCAAACGAAUUGGUCCACCAUGUUCACCAACAACAACAACGAUCGUCCCAGUCAUAAGACACACGUCGAGAUCAUAACCAAGAAUGGCGCCACAAAGAAACCGAAUAUCAUUGUGAACAACUAUAAUCCAGAUAUAAUGCUUGUGCCAAAUCCACAAAAUCCACACUUCAACAGCAUGUUGAUGACAAAUUUGCUAAGUGGGCGUGGUCGUGAUGCCGCGUACGAGACAAAUUCGAAAGAUAGCGCACAGUCCAUGUACGAUCGCAAGAUCACUUGUAUGCUUUAUUUGCAAGCCGAUCACACAUUCUUUCAGAAAAUGGGUUCGGAUGAGGCCAGCAUUGAGGCGAUCACACGACAUGUGCAGCGCGCCAAUUCGAUCUACAAGAAUACGGAUUUCAACAAUGAUGGCAAGCCAGAUAACAUAACAUUCAUGAUCAAACGCAUCAAAGUUCACAAUAUGAAUGCGAUCCGAGAUCCGAGUUAUCGUUUUCCGGGCAAUUACGGUGUGGAGAAGUUCCUGGAACUGUUUUCAGAGGAAGAUUAUGAUGCCUUUUGCCUGGCCUAUAUGUUUACAUAUCGAGAUUUUGAGAUGGGAACUCUGGGUUUAGCUUGGACGGGAGAUCUUAAAAAUGCCGGCGGAGUUUGUGAGAAGAAUGGCCACUAUCGCGGUUCUUUGAAGUCACUGAACACAGGCAUUGUGACACUACUAAAUUAUGGUAAACAUGUUCCUCCAGCUGUGUCGCAUGUGACAUUGGCACAUGAAAUUGGACAUAAUUUUGGAUCACCUCACGAUCCGGAACAGUGUACACCCGGCGGUGAGGAUGGUAAUUUCAUAAUGUUUGCGCGCGCCACGUCUGGUGAUAAGAAGAACAACAACAAAUUCUCACCAUGCUCACUGAAAUCCAUCGAACCCGUACUAAAUGCGAAAGCACGUAGCGCCAAAGGCUGUUUCACCGAACCGCAGGCAUCCAUUUGCGGCAACGGUGUGGUCGAGGGUGACGAACAAUGCGAUUGCGGUUGGGAGGAGGACUGCAAGGAUACAUGUUGUUUCCCGAUGUCACGUCAUCCGCGCAUCGACGAAAAGCCAUGCACAUUGACACCGCGUGCCAUGUGCAGUCCAUCGCAGGGUCCAUGCUGUACGGGUGAUUGUAAAUUGAAAUUCGGUGAUAAGUGUCGCGAUGACAACGGCUGUCGCGAUCCGAGCUUCUGUAACGGUCUCGGCCCUGAAUGUCCGCCAUCGGUGAACAAACCGAACAAGACGAUAUGCAACAAAGAGUUUGUCUGUUAUAUGGGUGAGUGUACGGGUAGUAUUUGUUUGGCCUAUGGCCUCGAGUCAUGCCAGUGCAUACCGGGACCGACUGAUGACAAAAUUAAAUCGUGCGAAUUAUGUUGUAAAUUGCCCGGAGAGGGUAAUGCCUGUCGCAGUUCGUUUGAAUGGAAUGAGCCGCCGUUUGAUGUGCCGGAUAUGUAUGCGAAGCCGGGCACGCCGUGCAACGAUUACAAUGGCUAUUGUGAUGUAUUCCAAAAAUGUCGCGAAGUUGAUCCUUCGGGACCGUUAGCUACGCUACGCAAAUUAUUGUUGUCAGAAGAGAGUAUUGCCACGUUUAAGAAAUGGGUACAGCAUAAUUGGUAUACCGUUGUGUUGGCGGCAUUAGGCGUAUUCGUGUUGCUGAUACUCAGCACGAAGCUACUGGCGAAGCGGUCGAAUCUGAAACUAAAAUCGGUGACCAUCAUACACAGCGCCACCACCGAAACGGUGCGUCUACCCGACGACAACAACGGCGUCAUCGUGCACACGGCCGUCCGUACAAAAGUACCGUUCAAGAAAAAGGUGCGUGGCGAGCGCACCAACAAAGGUAAGAGCGCGCACAGAAGCGGCAGUAGUGGCAAUAUAGGCGCGGGCAAAAGUAAAGGCAGCGGCAGCAAAGCAACGUCCUCCAAGACAGGCGAGUUGGCCGCGAAAACAACUCACGCGCACAACCGUAGUGGAAAGCCAAGCAAUGCUGCAGCGACAACAGCUGUUGGUGCCGUUAACACCGCUAUUGGUGAGGUGGCAGUCAAACCAACGCGCACCAAGAAGAAUCGUGUUGGUAGUGGCGGUGGCGCGACUGCGUUGAAGCCCACGCCGGUUGCAGCAGCGCUAAACACGCCACUAGCGCCUACAGGCAGCGGCGGAAAGUUGGAGAAUGAGGUGAAAGCGAAAAGCAAGCGCUUCAAGAAGCACAACAAAGAGAUCAUCGACUAUUCAUCGCGCAGCGGACAGGAUGCGGCGAGCAUCAGCGGUAAUGCGCACACGAAUACAUUCGGCAAGGUGCAGAAAUGGCUGCUGGAGUCGCCGAUUGUCGUGCAACCGCUUUCGCAUAUCGAACACUCUUCGAAAAUACGCAAAGUGAUGAGCAAAUCGCAGUCCACACCCGAGCGACUGGUACAAAAGUCGCCGCAGAAGUCAAAGUCGGUGACAAAUCUCGUCAAUGACAAGGUGAAACUGCAAGUGGUGUAUAAGCCGCCAUUCAAAUUCGCGCUGCGCCUCUCCAAGAAUGCCAAAGUGAAGACGCAUGUCAUUGGCGGCGCAGCCAACAAAAUGAAGCGUACAACACGCGCGAACGGCGCUGGUGCCAAUGGCGCUGAGAGCAAACGCAAGAGCAGCAAUCAAAAUAGCGAGGGUAGCAAGAAUUCUGGCAGCGGUGGCAAUGAGGAGGUUAAGUGCAAACGCAUUGCGCUGCUACUCCGUAAUAAUAACGAAGACAAUCAAAUAUUAACCUUAAAUGAACCGACCUACGAGACACUCAACCCGAAAACCAUGCCCUCCAAAAUGGAGAAUCCAUUCUAUGAGAAUCUACAGUGCAGCACAACGACGGGCGAAAUGCGCGCCGCCAUGGUCGCCAACAAUGAAGCGGCAGUUGGUAAUAGCGGCGCGGCGACAUCGGCAAACGCAAGUGUGUCCAGUAAAGCGCCCAGCUCUAGUGGGGGUGUACUGCAGAAGCAACGCGCACACAACUACAGUCGCUCCAACUCAUUUUCAGCCAACAAUCCAUUUGCCGCCAAUCCUACCGCGCUUCACUCGCGCAAGCUGAGCGAAAGCAGCAACGCGCAAGCGCCAGCGACGUGCGCCGCCGAUUUGGGCCGCAACUUUGGUAGCACACAAAACCUUGGCCAAAUGGCACAAAAUCAAAAUCACUUAGCCAAAUCAAAGAAGCGCAGCAGCUUGAAUCUGAAGCUGAAUAGCGCCGCCAAGAAUGGCAAGGAUCCAUCCAUUGCGGCGCGGCGCAGCAAUUCAAAUAUGAAUUUACGUAGUAAUAAUGCCGCGUCCACAUAUCAGCCAAGUACCUACUCGAAUGAACCGCAAAACGCCAUUGCCACCGCAACCACCAACACAACCACUUCCACGCACGCCAGCAACACUGCUGCCACUGUAGUGACGCCAGCGCCCACGGAGCGUCAACUGCGACGCAGCUCCAGCAGCACCGCCUACCAACACCAGCCAAAGUCCACGAGCCAAAGCUCGGCUUUCACAGCGGCACUGCCAACUGCGCGCACCAGCUUCAGCAACAUACCACGUGCCAGUCUGAGUGCCGCUGCCAGCAGUGGCGUUAAUGCCGGCACUGUCAACACAAAUGGCGUUCUCGGCAACUUCAGUCGCAUCGCCGAUGUGGAUCAACUAGUCGUCGCCGGUAGUCAAUCCAGUCACAGCAGUCAGGGUAGUCACGCCAGCCACAGUAGCCACCAUGCACCCAUACGCCAUGAACAUCGACGUAGUCGUAGCAGCGCACAUUCCACCGCAGCACCAACACUAGCCAUCACUGCCAAUUCUAAUGCCACCACCGCCCCUACGGAACAGCAACAAAAACGUUCCAAUUCUAUAAGACAGCUGCAACAUAGCUAUCAUCCACCGCCGUUGCCAAAUGUGGCAGCGGUGUCCAGCCACAUCGGUCAGGCGCGCAUUGAAGCGGAGCACGAACUGCCAUCCGACUUGGAGGUAUUGCUGUCCGAUGUGGAGCAUCUAGUUAGUUAAGGGUUAAUAGUUAUAAGCAAUAGAUGUGCGCUUGAGUAUUGUGGGCAACUGGUCGAAAAUGCUUUAAGCAAAGCAAUUAAACGGUAUUUAAUAGUGUUUAACGGUCUAUGGGUGUAUAAAUGUUUGUAGGAAAACUCAGCACAUGCUUUAACGACUGUAAGUUGCUUCCAGUUUGUUUAGUAAUAGAGCUGUUUCCAUUAUUGUUUUCGCUUCUUUUCCCAGUGGUAACAAAAUGUAAUCGAUAUAUUAUUUUCUUUUUAAAAAUAACGUUUUUGAAUUCUUUUUAGCAACGUGCAAAACUUUAAUAUCGUUAUGAUUCUACUUGAUAUGCUAGUAUUAUACAACUUUUUUCAAUAUUUUUUUUUUUGUUUAAAAAAUCGUUUUUCUAAAAUAUUAUCGAUAAUUUGAAAUAUGAAAAAAAAUUAUCGGUAUAAUUUUUCCAUUUUAAUUUUUUUUUUUCAAUUUUUUAAGUCAUCAGUGGGAAAUACGUUUUUCCAAAAUAAAAAGAGUUAAAUGGGUUCAAAAAAAAGUCUGAAUAUACAUAACUUCAAGUAUUUCAAAAAUAAUUUUCAACUAAAAAAUAUUCUUAUCGGCAAACAUAUUUUCAUUAAUAUCUUUUAAUUAUGAUUUUAUUAUUUCUUAUCAUAAUUAUUUAUUUAAAAACAGAAACUAAAAUUAUCGAUAACAUAUUGUAAUAAUUUAUCGAUAUGUUAUAUUGCCGAUAACAUAUUUUAAUAAUUUAUCGAUAUUUUCUUUAUUUACUCUUCAUUGCAAAUCAAAUUUAGACUAAUUUCUAAAGAUUUCCCAUAUUUUGAAAAAUUUACGAAUUUUAGAAAAAAUUGAAAAUAUGAGCCAAGAACUAGACCUAAUUUUUUUCGAAGUUUUGUAUUCUUAGGUACUAUAAUUUUUAUAAAAAAUAGUAUUUUUCUUAUUUUCGAAUAAAAUCGUUCCAUUUUAUACAGUUUAUGACAUUCCAAGGUCGUCAAUACUCGAAAUCUUAAAUUAUUUUCUUUACAAUAUUAAAGUAUUAACUGAAUCUCUUUUAAUAUUUAUUUUACUUCGCUUUUAUACUAAUUUCUCCAAAUACGUUAGGAAAUUUUCUCACUUCCAUUGUAUAAAAAAAAAUAGCUAACGUGACGUCACGCUAGCAAAUUCACAGGGAGAAAACUGGGAGUAAGAAGUCUAAGAGCGAAACCGCUCGGCACAAUCUCCGAAUUUUCUCAAUAAUUUUUUUAUAUCUUUCCUAGAUUUUCUUCCACAGAGCCUUAUCGGUGUUUGGUUAUUAUUUUUGAACGAUUUUAAGCCGUUACUCCAACUAGUUUAAAUUCCAUCUACUAGAAAUCCUGCGUGUUAGAAUUCUACUUUCUAAAUUUUAAUCUACACAACUGUAAAUAUAAUUUAGCAAUUAAGCAAAUGCUUUCCCCACUCCCGACUCAAGCAGACUGACCUGACCGAAGGCAGUAGCCCCGUAUGCACUCUCUUGCUUUUAGCGAUAAACGCAAACGCACUUGUCCGUCGAUAAUGUCUUCAUUAAUUACUAUAUACAUAUAUGUAUUGAGCAUAGUAAAAGCAAGCAAAAUGCAAAAUACGAAUAAAUCAACUUUUAAAUUAAAUAGAAAUAUUUUUGUGAUUGUAAUUUAUAUUUGCACUCCAGUGAAUAUUAUUAAAUGAUUAAGAGCAAAGCAAAGCAAAGAAAAAAAAACAAAAUUACUUGUAAUAAUUAGGUUUAGACAUUCUUUUAUAAGUAAAUAUAUACAUUAAUACUUACUUACAUAAAUAUAUUUAAAAUACUCAAGUACA